AUGGGCCGCCGGUGCGCCCUGGCCCUCGCCCUGGUCUCGGCCCUGCUGUGCCAGGUCUGGAGCUCGGGGGUGUUCGAGCUGAAGUUGCAGGAGUUCGUCAACAAGAAGGGGCUGCUGGGCAACAGCAACUGCUGCCGCGGGGGCGCGGGGCCCCCGCCGUGCGCCUGCAGGACCUUCUUCCGCGUCUGCCUCAAGCACUACCAGGCCAGCGUGUCCCCCGAGCCGCCCUGCACCUACGGCAGCGCCGUCACGCCGGUGCUGGGCGUCGACUCCUUCAGUCUGCCCGAGGGCGCGGGUGCCGACCCCGCCUUCAGCAACCCCAUCCGCUUCCCGUUGGGCUUCACCUGGCCGGGCACCUUCUCUCUGAUCAUUGAAGCCCUGCACACAGAUUCUCCUGACGACCUUGCGACAGAAAACCCCGAGAGGCUCAUCAGCCGCCUGGCCACGCAGAGGCACCUGACGGUGGGGGAGCAGUGGUCGCAAGACCUGCACAGCAGCGGCCGCACGGACCUCAAGUACUCGUACCGCUUCGUGUGCGACGAGCACUACUACGGGGAGGGCUGCUCCGUCUUCUGCCGCCCCCGGGACGACGCCUUCGGCCACUUCACCUGCGGGGAGAGAGGGGAGAAGGUCUGCAACCCCGGCUGGAAGGGCCAGUACUGCACCGAAGCGAUCUGCCUGCCCGGGUGUGACGAGCAGCACGGGUGCUGUGAGAGGCCCGGGGAGUGCAAGUGCAGAGUGGGCUGGCAGGGCAGGUACUGCGACCAGUGCAUCCGGUACCCGGGCUGUCUACACGGCACCUGCCAGCAGCCCUGGCAGUGCACCUGUCAGGAAGGCUGGGGGGGGCUUUUCUGCAACCAGGACCUCAACUACUGCACACACCACAGGCCCUGCAAGAACGGGGCCACCUGCACCAACACGGGCCAGGGAAGCUACACCUGCUCUUGCCGGCCUGGGUACACGGGGGCCACCUGCGAGACGGAGGUCGACGAGUGCGGCGCCAGCCCCUGCAGGAACGGGGGCAGCUGCACGGAUCUUGAGAACGGCUUCUCCUGCACCUGCCCGCCCGGCUUCUACGGCGGAGUCUGCGAGCUGAGCGCCAUGGCGUGCGCGGACGGCCCCUGCUUCAACGGGGGCCGGUGCUUGGACAACCCCGAGGGGGGCUACACCUGCCGCUGCCCCGCGGGCUUCUCCGGCUUCAACUGCGAGAAGAAGGUGGACGCCUGCAGCCCCUCGCCGUGUUCUAACGGCGCGCAGUGUGUGGACCUGGGCGACGCCUACCUGUGCCGCUGCCAGGCCGGCUUCUCGGGGCGGCACUGUGACGACAACGUGGACGACUGCGCCUCCUCCCCGUGUGCCAACGGGGGCACCUGCCGGGACGGCGUGAACGCGUUCUCCUGCACCUGUCCGCCCGGGUACACAGGCAAGAACUGCAGCGCCCCCGUCAGCAGGUGCGAGCACGCGCCCUGCCACAACGGGGCCACCUGCCACGAGAGGGCCCGCCGCUACCUGUGCGAGUGCGCCCAGGGCUACGGGGGCCCCAACUGCCAGUUCCUGCUCCCCGAGCCGCCCCCGGUCCCCGUGGUGGUGGACUUCACUGAGAAGUACCUGGAGGGCCAGGCAGGGCCGUUGCCCUGGGUGGCUGUCUGUGCGGGCGUGGUCCUCGUCCUCAUGCUGCUGCUGGGCUGUGCGGCUGUGGGGGUCUGCGUGCGGCUGAGGCUGCAGAAGGGCCGGCUCCCUGCCGACCCCUGCCGCGCGGAGACGGAGACCAUGAACAACCUGGCCAACUGCCAGCGCGAGAAGGACAUCUCCGUCAGCGUCAUCGGGGCCACGCAGAUCAAGAACACCAACAAGAAGGUGGACUUCCACGGGGACCACGGUGCCGACAAGAACGGCCUCAAGGCCCGCUACCCCGGCGUGGACUAUAACCUGGUGCAGGAGCUCAAGGGCGACGACGCUGCCGCCAGGGACCCCCACGGCAAGCGUGACACCAAGUGCCAGCCGCGGGGCCCUGCUGGGGAGGAGAAGGGCACCCUGACACCGAGGGGUAGCGAUGCUUCUGAGAGAAAAAGGCGGGACUCUGUGUACUCGACAUCAAAAGACACAAAGUACCAGUCGGUGUACGUCAUAUCGGAGAAGGACGAGUGCGUCAUAGCCACUGAGGUGUAAAGUCGAGGUGAUGUGGCAAGUGUCCCGUUUCUCUUAAACUGCAUAGAAUUCCAAGGACCUGUGCCC